AUGUGGCUGAGGUCUGCAGUCGGAACUUUAAAGUUGUGACACCCAGCCGUUGCUUCGUCUUGUGGCAGUGCAGAUAAUUAAUUUGACCGGUAAUUAAGCAAAAAUGUCUUCAGUUGAGAAUUUGAGAGAGUUUGUCAACGAGCGACUAUCUGCUGCUGCUGAAGAAAUAUUCGGAGUUUUUAAAAGAAUCGUCGUCGAGUACCAGGAAGAGAUCGACCGGCAGCGCAGACUGUUGGAUGUUUUAUGGAAACCCGAAGUGAGGUUACACAGGAUAGAGCUCCCACAGUCACGUGUCUGUAAGGAGGAGGAGCUUCUCUCUGACCAGCAGCUCUGUCUCCAGGAGAGGAAGCCCAGUCUGGACCAAGAGGACCCAGAUCCUCCAGAGAUUAAAGAGGAACAGGAGGAACUCUGCACCAGUCCAGAGGGAGAGCAGCUUGAACCGAAGCAGGAGGCCUUUACGUUGACUCCUACUUGUGAGGAAAGAGGCCACGGUGAAGAUCAACUUCUGGACUCGUGUACUGAUGAAACUGAGAGUGUGGUACAGGAAACAUCUCUAGAAUACAUUUCAGUUGAAAGCACCGCUGUAGUUGAACUAAACAAUGACCACCAGCUUCUCUCUCACAAUCCUCAUGAAUCUGAUGGCCGAGAUCAGAAAGGAGUAAAACUUAGUUUAACAUUAAACAAGGAACCAGGUCCUUUGGGUGAGAAGCCGUUUUUGUGCAGAGAUUGUGGGAAAUACUUUCAAAAUAGAAAUCGCUUGUUUGCACACAUGAGAAUAACCCAUAGAGUUUAUCAACCAUAUUUAUGCAACACCUGUGGAAAAAGAUUCACUAAACUAUCAGCAGUGAAGAGUCAUAUAAGAAUUCAUACUGGGGAGAAGCCAUAUUCCUGCAUAAUUUGCGGGAAAACAUUCUCUCGGCUAUCAUCUUUGACGUCUCAUGAAAUAACUCAUAGUGGGGAGAAGCCAUAUUCCUGCAUCACAUGUGGAAAAACAUUCUCUCGGCCUUCAUCUUUGACGUCUCAUAAAAGAAUUCAUACUGGGGAGAAGCCAUAUUCCUGCAUCACAUGUGGAAAAACAUUCUCUCGGCCUUCAUCUUUGACGUCUCAUAAAAGAAUUCAUACUGGGGAGAAGCCAUAUUCCUGCAUCACAUGUGGAAAAACAUUCUCUCGGCCUUCAUCUUUGACGUCUCAUAAAAGAAUUCAUACCGGGGAGAAGCCACAUUCCUGCAUCACAUGUGGAAAAACAUUCUCUCGGCCUUCAUCUUUGACGUCUCAUAGAAGAAUUCAUACUGGGGAGAAGCCAUAUUCCUGUAAAAUAUGUAAAAGAGGUUUCAGGAGUUCUAGUAACCUAAUUGUCCACAUGAGAAGAACCCACAAGGGUGAGACGUCAUAGAGGUGCAUAUCAAAGGGUGCUAUAAAGUGGUAAUCCAGGGAAGUCCGCUGCCAUUGGCUUAAUUUAGACGUUAGAGAGCUAGCUAGCAAUUAAUAAGUCUUUCUCAAACGUUUACUGCCAAAGCUAAUCAAAAACUGAAUGAUAUAACACUUCAAAGAACACUUUAGUUAAGGUUACAGUGAUAUUUUUAAAUCUCUGGCUCUAAACCUGCAUUGUCUUGUAACGUGUCUUCUAUUGAACAAAUGUGAGCUUAAGCAUGAGCGCAAGCGAUUAAUCACGUGUGCAGAUAGUAUGAUGUCAAAAUAAAAGUCACAUAAAAUCAAAGUAGGAAACAGGAUCAUCAAAAUAAAACACUGCUAGUGGUCAUUUACACUCCCACCACUCAUGUUAUGAAGAGUGAAGACAAGAGUCAACCUGCCUGAAUGGAUCAUACUUGAGUCCUGUCUGUAUCAGUGUGUCUAGAUGUGUGCAAGUGAGUACUACUUAAUAUCUAAGAGAGAAUAGACUAUGUCAUAAGGGAAUAAAGGUGUAGACAAUUA